UCUAUGAGAAAUAUAUGAUUAUUAUUUAGUGCGCAAUUGAAUACACAAGUAUUUCAAACUAUGUGUUUUUGGACAAUGAAUACUAAAUUUAACAAAAGCGGGUUGCAAGUGAAUAAUGUUCGAAACCGUAGGCCCACUGUUACUUCAAUAUAAAACAUUUAAUAAGUACAUACUAUACAUAUGUUAAAACACACAAUUGCCUAAAUUCAAAAUAGAUUUUGGUUGUACAAGUGUAUAAAAAUAAAACAAAUACCGAUAGAUAAGUAUAUAUCUACUUAUGUACAAUUGCAUUCAUCAACGGUUUGAUCAAAAAUCAUGCUGGCCAACUCAUUCUGCGGUUGGAAAAAAUAUAAAACCCAUGAUCAACAUCAUAGAACCCUAAAGAGAAAAAAUCGACAGAACACAUCAGAGACAACAGUUCACAUAGAAGUAAACUCCAACGAAAUCCAGUUUCCAGGUUCUUACAGAUUUAAUUUUGACUCAAAAAACAUAAAUAUCGGGCGAAUGAAUAUUCUUGGACAUAAGAGAGGUAAUUUCCGUGUAACUCGAUAUGUCACGGUCACCGUACUCUUAAUUUUAUCGACUGCAGUCAAUGCUUAUGCUCAGCCAGAAAUUAAAAACUUCAGUAAUUCUUCCAACGGCGUUAGUCCGGAAAUGGUUAUGUUGAGUAACGAAACAAGCAAUAGUGCAAACGUACUAUCAGAAAAAAAUGAUUCUUCUUCAAUAUCGGCGGAUGAUAAAAUAAAUGAAAAUAUGGGAAUAUUUCAAAUGAAAGUACAAAGUAAACAGGGGAAAAAAAGUACCCCUUUAGCAAAGGUAUCAGAGCAUGGAGAUCUAUCAAGAGUUCAAAGUGUAUCUUUGUAUCGCAAUACCUUAAUAAAUAUAGAAAGUAUGCUACAACGUCAGUUGCGUGAGAAAGCUAAAGUGGAUAGUAUAGAAUCGAUUAAAAUGCACAUACUUAUGCGCUUGAAUUUAAAAAAACUUCCCAAUAUAACAAAACCAAUUUCAGUACCACAAAAUAUAAUAGAUAACUUUUAUAGAGAUUAUAAUGCAUCUUCAAAAAAUACUGUUUGGAAUCGCAUGGAAAACAUUGACGAAUCUCAUUUAUCUAUAAAUGACACUUAUGGCGGCCACAUAAUGACUGAUUUUUCUGAUGAAAGUUCAUCCUCCCAAAUGCAGGGAGAUGAUGCUAACACUGUUAAUGAAUUUUUGGUAGAUUUGAAUAAAAAUCAAGCUAAAAAAUCGGACAUUCCCAUUAAUACCAACGAUGAGGAGUACGAAAGUAUUUUGUCUCACAUCAGCAGUAUUUACAUCUUUCCCGAAGAAAUUCAACCUCAUGUUCGACAUAAUCGCAAGGUCGAUGUUUUUCGAUUUCAAAUUGACAGUAGCUACUCUGAUUUGUCUUACGCUACCCUUCAUCUAUAUUUACGUGGUUGGGAUUGGAUAAGUGCUCAUCAACCUGGACUUCUUGAAGAAAUUAAAAAACAGCCACGUAAAGAUAUUGUUGUGACUAUUCACCGUGCUAUUAGGGUUGCAAAUACAACAAGCUUUACUCCGAAAGUCAAAAUGUUUGAGUUUCGACAUAGUAUUCCGUCAGGACUUGGACAAUGGGUUGCUGUGGACUUAAAGUCUCUGCUUGGUAAUCUAGGGUCUAAUAUGACGCAGGAAAUUCUAAUAAAGGGCGCAGAAACCUGGAUGAAGACAUUAGUGGUGACCACAGACAACACAUCGAAAAAUCCAUUGACUGUUCACAUAGAAAUUGGGUCGCAAAAAAAGCAUCGGAGAAAGCGCAGCGUAUAUAUGGACUGCACAGAAAAUGAUCAUGACAUGCGCUGUUGUCGAUAUCCCCUUAAAGUUAAUUUCACCAGCUUUGGAUGGCAUUUCGUUGUAGCACCAACGUCCUUUGACGCAUACUUCUGCAGUGGUGAUUGCAAAGUUGGUUACCUAGAGCAAUAUCCCCAUACACAUUUAGCAGCCUUAACGACAUCGGCCACACCGUGUUGCUCGCCGACAAAAAUGAGUUCCUUAAGUUUGUUAUAUUUUGAUGAUAACCAUAAUCUGGUUUUAAGUGUUAUACCAAAUAUGUCUGUCGAGGGUUGCAGCUGUUCUUAGCGAACAAAAUUCGAAAGUGUCCUUUAAAAAUAGAUCUAAUACAUAUGAUAUGUAAAUAAAUUAACGCAAAGGAAUAUUGAUCUGUUUAAGAACGCUAGUUUAAAGUACAAUUCUCAGAUUUUAUAUAAAAUUUACACCUUUUAAAUGUAAAAUAGGCCAGAUUGCAUUCUGAUGAUUCCCAAAUGAAUAAAUAGAUCGCAAUUAAAAACAGUAAAAAUUGAAAAAAAUAUAUAUAUUUAAAAAUGAAUUCCUACAUUACCUUAUAAGAUAAAUAUAGAGCCAAGCAAUAUCUUUUAAACUGUGCAUUACAAAUUACAAAUGAAAAGCAAACAAAAAAUAAUCGUUUUAUAUAAAAUGAUUGUAUGACGCAUAAAGAAAUACAAGGUUAAAAUAAACUAAGUACCUUAAGUUUUGAUAAAAAUCGAAUUUGCCUUGCACCGUAAGGCAAAUAUAGUCUGAACGGCUACAUGUGGAUUAUUUACGGCUGUGUGAUUACCUAAUUUGGAUACACAGCUAAAUGUAUAAAGAUGGUCAUAUCCUAUCAUAUUCAUAGCAUAGAGAAUAUUUUACAGUGAACGGAUUUGUGCGUGUGCAAACGAGACUUCUAAAUGCUGUUCUUUUCAAGACAAGUAAGGAAUUGUCUGAAUUAUAUUGAUUAGAACAGAGGCUAGCCUUAAGUUUCGCCAAGCACACAGAACCUAUUUGAAAAUCAUUAGAAGUUAAAUAACGUGUCAGAGAAAUAGAGAUAUACAAGUAGCAAUGCAGCGCAGUGGCGCUACAGCGCUCACUAUAUCUCCAUCUUUAUAUUGUGCUUUAAAAAAAUAUGCUAGAAUAGGUUAGUUUUGAAACAUAUUCCGAUUAGUUCCUACGAUAUAAGCUCGAAUGCAUGCUUAAGUGCCAAAGAAUUUCUUUUUCUAAUGCGUUCUUUUCGAAUCUUCUAUAAACACCUAUACUUGUCGCGGAAUUGGCUUCUAAAAGUUUUCAAGAGUACUUAGGAGUCAUAAACUAGUUUGAACUAUUCCUUCUUAGCUAAAACACACAAGAGAUUCUCCAAUUCCGGCCUACCCAACUAAUUUGGUGGUCGUGUGACAUUCCGAAUAUAGAGUGGGUGAAGAUGUAAACCAUUGAAAAAAGUUACUGCGUUUUGACAAAAACACAGGCGCGCUAAGGAGUACCAUAGUAUAUAUCGCCAAGGAAUCAUACGAUCUUUUCCGGAUUACACGUCUAAGGAGUUCUCUUGAUUUUUUAUUUUAAUUGAAUAUCGGUUCAAUUAAGCUUUCGGUAUAAACUCAAAAUGUCAACCCCCUCCUACUAAUAAGCCAACAAAUUUAUUUCCGAAAAAUUUAUUAUAUAACCAUUUAGUGAUACAUUACUAUAUAAAUUGAUAUACUUAUAUUUCCAUAAAUAUUUCUCAUAUAAACUUAGGGGUCUCGGUUCUGAAGUUGGCCUUUUAAUAUGAAUACUAAUCAGUAAAAUGGGAAUGCCGAUCUGAGUCGAUAUAUGAAAUGUACUUUAAGAUAUAUUACUUUCUGUCGAACACAAUACGGAUAUUUUCAUAUUUUUAAUAUUGUUUAUGUUAUUGGGCGCUUACUUUUAUUUUAGUUACUUUUGUAUUAUACUUAUAAUCAUAAAUUUUAAAUUAGGUGAAUGUAUUUAUACUUUACAUAUAUAUUUAUACUUAUUGUUGUUGUUUUGCAUUGAUUAUUUGUUUUUGUUUCGCAAUUAAAGUAAUACCUCGUUUGAAUUAGUAAAACAUUCGUUGUAAAUGUAUUAGCCGCCAAUUAUAAGUUAAAUGCAAGUCCUUACAAACUGUGUACAAAAAUAUUUACUUCUCUUUUUGUUUGUACGUAUGUACCAAUUCCUACAAAUUAUAUUUUUUGAAGACUAUUUAAUCUUUUAUUUGAGCACAAUAGUAUUUAAUGCAGAACCAAACGGUUAGCCGAAAUAAAUACGACACCAAAAUGUUAAACUUGCUGAAAAUAAAUAUAAUGUACAUUCUUUA